GGAGAUAAACGAGGGGGAGAGCGAUCAGACCGGCGCCUAGUAGACGUAGUUCUUCACGAAGAGCGACUCCUCGUCGGACGGCUGCGAGCCCGGGACGUACUCGCCCUUGGAGGCCUCGCCGUUGGCCUGGGCCCGCGCGAGGAGCUGCUUCUGCGCCGCGUCGACGUUGCCCGCCUCGCCCUUCCAGGUCUUGAUGCAGGACGACUGGAGCGCGCGCGAGUACGAGAAGGUGAGGCGCGUCUGCGUCUUGCGCGGCACCUUGUUGAUCUCGUUGAGGUAGAUGGAGGCGUCCUCCUCGGAGAUGCCGCCCGAGAGGAAAGUCACGCCGGGCAUGGCGCCGGGCACGCAGCGCUCGAGCGUGCGGACCGUGAGCUGCGCGAUCUCGGUCGGGUCGCUCUUGUCGGCGGCGUCGACGCCGGGCACGACCAUGGCGGGCUUGAGGAGCGAGCCCUCGAGCAUGACGCCGUUCUCCUGGAUCUUCUUGUAGACGGUGGUCAGGACCUGCUCCUGGACCUUCACGGACGUCUGGAUGUCGUGGACGCCGUCGAUCAUGAUCUCGGGCUCGACGAUGGGCACGAGGCCGGCCUCCUGGCAGAUGCGCGCGUAGCGCGCGAGGUCCUGGGCCGCGACCUCGAUCGCGAGGUCCGUCGGGCAGUUGUUCGCGACGUCGACCUUGAGCGCCGUGCGCCACUUGGCGAAGCGCGCGCCCUGGGCGUAGUACUUCUCGCAGCGCUCCAGGAGGCCGUCGAGGCCCGUGCACCAGUUCUCGCCGGGGCCCGCGCCCACGAGCGGUCUCAGGCCCAUGUCGACCUUGAUGCCCGGGAUGAUGUUCGCGGCCUUGAGCACGUCCACGAAGGGCUUGCCGGAGGGGUCGUCCUGGAAGAGCGUCUCCUCGUAGAGGAUCGCGCCGGAGAUGUACUGGUUGAUGCCCUGUGCGUCGUUCAACAUGUCCACUCUCUGGCGGCCACGGUGCGGCGUCGCGACGACGCCGUCGACGCAACGCGAAGGUCGAAAAGAUGGGACACCGAGUCGCGGACCGGCGUCGUGAAGAGCAGGUUGCGCCACGUCUGGCGGUUCGCCUCCGUGUUCUCGAGGCCGAUGGACUCGAGGCGCUUGCCAACCGUGCCCGUCGACUCGUCGCAGGCCAAGAGGCCCUUGCCGGGCAGGACCAUGGAAUUGGCGGUCUGGACGAGCUCGUCCGCGUACUUUUCCAGGCUCAUCUGCGGCGCCGCGGCGCGCGCGGACGUGCGCUGCUGCGUCGAGAACGUCUUCGUCGGCACGAGCGCCGACGCCGGCGCGCUGAGGGCCAGGGCGAGGAUGGCGGACUUCAUCGUGGACCUGCGGUGCGCGCGGUGAGGGGUGCAAGCGGUGACGUGUGCUGCUUUCUCUUGUUUUUUGCCAUGCGGCGGCGGCGCGCGAGGCGACGAGUCUCGGGAGCGGCGCUGGCGCCCCGACUGUCGCUACAAUCGGGAUUGCAGCCUGAUCGAAGCGUCAGUGCGGCAAUUUUGGUGCACGCCCUUGCUUUGGUAUCGCUUUGCAAUGCCCGCAGCGGUACUUGGAAGGGUUGAGGAUGCAACGCGGCGUCGCGCAGUGGAUCUUAGCGUCAGAGGCCAAAACGUGGACACAGCAAGCCAAUUUG